AUGACCCUCGGGGUCGGCGCUGCCUCCUUGGCCACCGCCACGGCGGUGUUCGCCCUGCUUCCGGAGACUCAUCGGGGUUACCGAGACAAGAGGCCUCUCAGAGGCGUCGGAGACACCCUGCGGUCCUGGUCCCCGAUACUUCGUGGCCAGCAGUUCCGGUCGAUCCUGUCCUUUGGCUGGUGCUACAACGCCGCCUUCUGGGGCGCCAUGGCCCUCCUCCCUCUGGUCUACGUGGAUCUUUCCUUGAGCCCCUCUGUGGUGGGCGGCCUCUCCACCUUCAACGCCAUCAUCAGCCUGGCUGUGACGCCGGUGGUUGCGCGAAGUGCAGAUCACCUUGGCAAGAUGGCUGUGGUCUUACCGGGAGCCAUCGUGUACGGCGCCGGAUUGAUUCUCGUCCCACACGUCUCCUCCUUGCUGGAGUUGCUGCCCGUGCUUGCAGCGAUGCAAGUGGGCGCCUGCAUGUGUGCGCAGGCACAGAUGCAUGCGAUGGACUUGGCGCCAGUUAAAGACCGCGCGAAG